AUGGUCAAGUCUUUAACCGCGCAAGACUUGCGCCACUACUGGAUAACCCGCCAGGAGAUUGCACUGCUCGAUGUUCGGGAAGAAGGACCUUAUUCCGAUGCCCAUCCAUUGUUCGCAUUAAGUGUACCGGUGUCGGAGAUCGAGGAAAAGUUGCCGUCAUUGGUGCCUCGGCUAUCCGCUCCUAUCGUUGUUUACGAUGAUGGCGAGGGCUAUGUUGAAUGGGCAGCAGCUCGCAUAUCAGCCUUGGGGUAUCAUGAUGUUGCCAUCUUAGAUGGAGGACUUUCAGCCUAUGCCCGCGUGGGUGAAGUUUAUCGUGAUGUCAAUGUGCCAUCUAAAGCAUUUGGCGAACUUGUGGAAGCUAUCGCAGGGACCCCAUCCCUGCCCGCGCUUGAUGUGAAAGAUAUCUUGGAGAAGGACCGGGAUGUGGUGGUAUUGGAUGCCAGGCGCUUUCAGGAGUACAACACGAUGAGCAUACCUCGUGGUCGCAGCUGUCCCGGGGGUGAACUUCUUUAUCGCUUUUUCGAAGCCGUUCCUUCUCCCGAUACUACUGUGAUUGUCAAUUGCGCUGGUCGCACGCGUUCGAUUGUUGGCACCCAGUCCUUAGUCAACUCCGGAAUCCCAAAUAGAGUUAUGGCUCUCAGAAACGGUACCAUUGGAUGGACGCUGGAGGGUUUGGAACUUGAACACAAUAAGAUCGAAAGAGUUCCACAACCUUCACACGACGCAUCGCUUAAAGCACGGGAAUACGCUGCAGCGUGGGCACAACACGUUGGCGUGAGAAUUAUAAAUGGCGAGCAGCUCAGUCAAUUUGCGGCAACAGCAAAUACUCGGACUCUUUACAUGCUUGACGUCCGAGACCCAGACGAAUAUGCUCUAGGCCAUCCGGUAGGGUUCUCAUCUGCUCCCGGUGGUCAACUGGUUCAGGCUACAGAUGAAUGGGUCGGUCUAGGCUGGGAGGUUUACGUUCUAGACGAGAAGUCUAAAGUGCCUGACAGCAUUCUAUGCCCCGAAACUCCCUCCUGGCAGGGCCAGGAUUCUGGCGCCAUAACGGUGAAUGAAUUGGCUGCACUAACCGAGGCUACCUUUGUCGAUCUCGCUCGCAGCCCAAUUUAUCGCAAAGGUCAUAUUCCCGGCGCAUGGUUUGCUUCAGGACCCGAACUAGUCCGUGAUCUGAAUACUGUCAGUGGAACAGGACCUAUUGUGCUGACCUCACCGAACGGCAACGUUGCUGCUAUGAAUAUUGAGUAUGCACGCAAGACCAUAUCGCGCGAAGUAUUGUACCUCGUGGGGGGUACAGCGGCUUGGGUAGCGGCUAAUCGCCCACUGGAGACGGAGGCACGCUGGCUUUCCCAGCCAAUCGACGUCUACAAACGCCCUUACGAGGGAACGAGCAAUGCACGAAAGGAUAUGCAAGGAUAUAUUGACUGGGAGCACGGGCUUGUUGCACAGCUUGCGAAUGAUGGAGUCGCCUGCUUUCAUGUUGUACAAAACAAGCGCGUGAAGGCAAAGGAGCUUUGA